AUGUCCCGCCGAACCUCCGUGUCCGCCGAGUCCCUGACCCCCUCGCACCACGAAGACUCGAACUGGAAACCCCCGCUGCACCAGAAAACGCCAGACCAGCUGUCCCGCCUGCGCGUCUCCGUGUCGAACAAUUUCCUCUUCAAAGAUCUCGAUGACGAUAGCGCGUCGCUCGUCCUGGGUGCGCUUGUCGAGAAGCCCAUUCCGGCAAAGGAUAUCAAAGUGAUCUCGCAGGGCGACGCGGGCGAUUACUUCUACGUGGUCGAACGGGGGACUUUUGAUGUGUACGUCAAUGCUGCGGGCGCCGUGCAGCCUGGUGCGGGCGGUAUGGGCAAUAAAGUCAACUCUAUCGGUCCUGGGGGUAGCUUUGGCGAAUUGGCGCUCAUGUAUAACGCCCCGCGCGCCGCUACGGUCGUCAGCACGGAAGCUAACUCGACGUUGUGGGCACUCGAUCGUAUCACCUUCCGUCGUAUUCUCAUGGAUAGUGCGUAUGGGAGGAGGAGGAUGUAUGAGAAAUUCCUCGAGGAGGUGCCGCUGUUGAGGGAGUUGACGCUGUAUGAGCGUAGCAAGAUCGCUGAUGCGCUGGAUACGAAACGGUUUAAGACUGGAGAGGUGAUUAUUAAGGAAGGCGAGCCGGGGGAGAGCUUCUUCUUCUUGGAGAGUGGUGGGGCGGUGGCUUUCAAGAGUGAUGUUGGUGCGGGCAAGGAGGUUGUGAAGAGGUAUAAGAAGGGGGAUUACUUUGGGGAGCUGGCGUUGUUGGAUGAUAAGCCCAGGGCUGCUAGUGUUGUUGCUGGAGAUGGAGGGGUUGGGGAAGGGAAAGAGGGACAGGCUGAGGGGCCAGGGGGAGGGGAUGGGGAGGUAGUGAAGGUCGCGUAUCUGGGCAAACAGGGCUUUCAACGGUUGCUGGGGCCGGUGGAGGCGAUUAUGAGGAGGAAUGAUUAUAGUACUGGGCCGGGGAGUCAGUGA